GGAGUCACAUGACGCCCUGGCGAGUCUUCGUCUUCCUCCUCUUCUGCUCGAUCAUGUCAGCGGAGUAACCCCUGGUUGCUUUCCGCUCCCUUCCUCCGGCCAUGAGACGCGCUGCCCUCGCCCCGCGUAGCGGGGCUCCGUCGCUCCGGCCUUUCUCGCCCCUCUUCCUCCUCCUCCCGUUGCUGCUCCCGGAUCAGAAGGGAGGCAGCGCCAGCGUCGCGGCCCAGGGCGAGUUCAGUUACCAGGACUUGUGCCGCUAUACCUGGGAAGCUGUUGAUCCUGAUAAAGUACACUAUAGAAUCAACUUCUGUGGGAAUGCCGGAGACUGUGGAGCAUCCAGUGCUAUUUGUGCAUAUGACCUAAAAACUGCAUCCCAUUUCUCAGUAGUUUACUUUGUGCCAGUUCAAGGAGAAACAGGCUGUGAUAAAAGUGGCUGUGAAAGGAAUCCAGGAAUAUUUCUGAAGCAGAGAAUGAAAAGUUUGUGGCAACUCAGUUCCUUCUCUCAUCUUAUGAACCCUGGUUCCAGUAGCCUAUGAAUUAAGCUGUUAACGUUUCUCUAUUCACUACAUAAACUUGCUGAGAAAUACAUGUAAGCAUCUAUUACAUAAAAUUUCAGCUGAUAACCUGUGUGCAUUUGCUUGAAUAUACUUGCAGAAUUUGACUUUCAAGGCUGCAGAUCUUUAUCUACAUUACACUAAAGCAUUCUUUCUCUUCACCCUGAGAUUAGGCACAUAUUGAUACUUUGGCAAAGGGUAUUGUGUAGAAAGCUAGCCAGUUAUUUCAAGCGUACUGAAGGGAUAUUCCAUUUUGUUUUUAUUUUGGUCUAUAUGGACCCUGAGAUGCUCAGUGGCACACUUGAAGUCCUUGCCUAUGAUGGCUAAAGCCAAAGUCUUGAAGCAUUAUUUGUGCUUGGAUAGAACAAAACUACUUCUCUGUUUCAGUACUUCUCAAUUUUCUGUCUUCAGAUAAUCUUCUCUGCAUUAUUCUUUGUUGAUGAACCCUGUUUAUUUGAAGGAUCAUUUAAAGGGCAUGUCCUUAGGCUUGAAGCCAGCACAUAUGGGGUCUUGCUGUAGUCCCACUUUAACUGUGACUACACCUAGAUUCAGAUGUAAAAUUUCUGGAAAUGAGGGCUUUCCUUGCUGGAGACUAAAGUGUUGUAGAGUUUGGGCUGGGUGUAGAGCAGGGGUCGUCAAACUUUUUCAGCAGGGGGCCAGUUGAAAGAUGCCAGUGCUAGCUGCGGGCCGGAAAGGUGGUGCUGGCAGUGCACGUGGGCCAGUGAGGGAGCGGGGGCAGUGCGUGUGGGCGCGUGCACUGAGGUGGGGGCUAGGCGCGUGGCGAGGAGAGGCGUGGGCAGGCGGGCAUGUGCAGUGAGGGGAGGGGUGGCAGGCACACGAGGCAGCAGUUUGCUUGCUUGGAGAAAACAAUCUCCAAGCGAGCAAGCCGCUGCCUCCCUGCGCGCGGGGCGAGGUAGGUGGCAGCAGGCGCGCGCAUGGGUGCAGCAGGUCCAGAUGGGCAUGGUGGGCCGGAUCCGGCCCCCGGGCCUUAGUUUGAGGACCCAUGGUGUAGAGUUUCUCAGCUGUAGUAGACAGGACUCUCCCUGUUGGUGGAGAAAAGCAGGAUUCAGUAGAAAUGCCCAACUAGAGGAAAGGGGUAUCAAUUUGCAUGGGUUCCUUCUCCCUGCAGUUCUGUCACCUCACACGCUUCUUGAGCAGCUUUUUCUUGCAUUGGGAAGAGGAAAUUGGAAGAAAUUAUAUCACUUUGGCCAUGGGAUUAUCUAGUUCACAGUAUUUUCUGUAGUUCAACUUUGGAUCUAUCCCUUUGGUAUUACAGUCAGAAAUGGAGAAACAGGUGUGUCCAUGCACGCAUGUUCUGAAGAUAUUCCCAUAAUGUUGUAAAGCAGAAAUAACUAUAUUUCAUUAUCUAGUUAAACUGGAAACAUUUCAACCUACCUUUUCAACCUAAUAAAAAGUAUUAGCUUGAAAUGCUAAGUAAUGUUUCGUUCUGGGUACUCUUAUGAAUGAACACAGGAGUGAGUUUGUUGGGACUUGGUUCUGAGUAAACAUGAACAGAAAUCCGCAGGUGUCCAUAGAAACAGUAGAGAAAAUUGAAUAUCAGGAACCCAUACUCAAUUAACUCCCCCUCCCCACUAAAAUUUCAUGAAAUAUAAGAAAUAUAUUGAUUUCUCUAACUGGUGUCUGAAAGACUUGUGGAGUAUGAUGCAGAAUAGCCUUGAGCUUCAUGAGCUUCAGCAAAUGGAAGAUGUGCAUAAACUGAAACAGAUUUUUCAGCUUUAGGUUUAUCCCUUGAUUGUAUGUAUGGUCAAUAUUCAUCAGUUUUAUUUUACUUGAUGCAGAAGAAGGAAAGCCAAGACAAGUGAGAAAUGAGAGGGGUCCGAGCCCAUGUUUGUGCUACUGCCAUGUUAGAUGAUUAAUAGGCUUGACAUCUUAAAUUGGACCAAAUACCUGAGGAUGUUUUGAAUCCUGUAGUGUUUGAAAUGAGUCUCCAAAUGCCUAGUCCAAAGAGGGUUGCUUGUUCAGCAAUCCAGGCAAACAAACUGCCAAAGUUUUAAUUGCUACCAAUGGAUCCUGAGUCCAAGUUUUGUGGCAGUGUGAAUUUCUUGUAAUAACUCUUUAAAAUGCUUUAGAAAGAGGGUUGGGCAUUCUAAGAAAAUAUCUUGAUGUGUUUUUCCACCAGUUCUUCCAAAGCUACCCAAUUUUUCCAAGGAAGUUGGAGGGGAAAUCCUGUUUUCUUGCCCAAGCUUUCCUCUCAGCCUUUUCUAAUAUGAGAAGACAUGCAGCACCUUUUGCAGUUCCAGGUUACUGGGGAAAUAGGGAUGAGGAAGCUGCCUUUCAAGGUUGUCAUUGCUCAUCUGUCAGAGGAGAUAGAAGUCACUCAUCUAGCUCAGUCCAAUCCAACUGGCCAUGAUACUUGACUUUGCUCUGGGGAUGCAAUAAAAGCUGCAGACCACUUGGAAAUGAAGGUCGUGCCUGAACCCAAAACCUGCAUGAAGAAAUAGCAGGGCAAGGGAUGCUUACAUGUGUAUUGCAUACCUGGUGAAAAGAAUGGAGCAGGAUUGACUGCUGUGGUUGCUAGCAGCAGCCAGGAAAAAGAGCAAUUUAUAUGCACAGGCAAAGGGAGCACCCUUGAUUGACUGUGUGUGGCUCUUUGGCCAUAGACUGCACAUCCCUGCAGUGAAGCAUUGUUAAGUCUGCAGAAAGAGGACCUAAUGUUUCAGGUUUUGACUUCCAGAUGCUAUAAAGUAUAGUGAAGCAGUUGUUGCAGACUGUUGCAUCUUAUAAUGGAGGCCCAGCAUACCUGCCUGCAUACCUAUACACUAAUUGGCAUGUUGAGUAAUCUUUGCUAAGCUGGAAGGGCAUGGGCCUGCAGCUGGAUGGGUGACCUCAUGUGGAAACAGAGCAGGGGUUUGGAUUUGAUGCCCUUACAGGCUCCUUUCAACUAAAAUUCUUUUCUGAUUAUUGCCAUGAUACAAACUCAGUUGAACAACAUUUUAAAAUUAAGCUGCAGCUUAAUUUGGAAAAGUAUUAGUUCAUUGUGACUGCUGCUGGUAUUCAUCACAGGCAGGCUCAUUCUGUGUCAUGGGAUAUCAGAUGCAUACAUAUAGUAAGCCUUGGCAUGCAUUCAGAGAGUUACUGAAAUGAACACUUUUGGUUCAGGUAUACAGGCAAAAACUUCAGUAUGGGUAUUCUGAAUACCCUGCAAUCUAACAAUUUGUGACAAAUCCAUUUAAAAAAAUCACAUGGUAAACUGAUAAAUGGUACUUGGCUCAGGAUGACCUAGCGUACUUCAUGGCUGAAUGCAAAUUGGAACGUGGGUCUCACUAGGCCUAAUGGCACUGUCUAACCUAGUGCUCUCUAGGUAUCAGGUGGGGCAAGACCAUUAAGCCAUGCUAAGGCACACUGGCUCUUCAGAAAUUUUUAAUAUAAAGUGUUGUGGAAUUUCCUCCAUGGAGAAUUUCCGCACCCUAGUGUACACAUUCCAGGUUCUUAAAAUGGUACUAGAAACUUUUCCUUCACAUGGCCUUUGAUGAAAACUUUCUGCAGGUAUUAUAUGUCUGUAUCUGGAUUUUUAAGAAUUUGAUAUUAUGCUAAUAAUUUUGAUUCUUAUGUUUUGUGGGUCUUGUUGAAAGGAUUUCUGUCUGGAAAGUAGUGUAUAUUAUGGUUAAUCUAUUGAAGUCUGAAUAAUGUUAAAAUUCUACACAGCUCAGUUCAUGGACUGCUGUCAAACCCGGCUUUUGUUUGUAUAAAAACACUAGGGAAAAUAUUUGGCACAUAAAGAUAUAGUAGGUUUUUAAUAUUAUUGGAAAUUGUGACUGUGACUCCACUGAUCUAUGAGGACACCUUCUUUCCAUCUCAUGAGGAAGCACUGAUUAGUCAAGUCAUUAUCACCCUUGCCUUUAAAAGUUUCAGGACACUUGCUCUGUGAUCCAGGACACCAAGUUUGGACUGGAUUGAGGCCCUUGUUUUCAAGGUAGUGUUUUUGCUUGAUGUCCUUCUAUGUGAAAUGAGUAGACUUAGUUAAACUCAUAGUUUGACUGCCUUGUCUCUAAACUAGCAUGCCAGCUUUGGGGGCAUUUUGGCCUUCCUGGACCUCUCUGGCAGGCCAAAUCCCCCAGCCUUGGUAGCAAAGAUGCAGAGACGUUAAAUUUUUUAAAAAAUGGCCUC